GCGUUCUUGUCCCUUUUUGCGCCUUCUUUCUUUCUAUUUCCUUUGUCUUCUUUAUUUCUAUUCCCCGUUCUUCUUCUCUGAUCGGUCGGCGGCGAUGGCGGGAGCGAGGGAGAAGAACGUGUACAUGGCGAAGCUCGCCGAGAAGGCGAAGCGGUACGAGGAGAUGGUGGAGUUCAUGGAGAAGGUGGCGGCGGCGGCGGCGGAGGGGGAGGAGCUUACCGUGGAGGAGCGCAACCUCCUCUCGGUGGCCUACAGGAAGGUCAUCAACGACCGCCGGAACUCGUGGCGGAUUGUGUCGUCGACCGAGCAGGAGGAGAGCCACGGCAACGAAGACUACGCCGCGGACAUCCGCGACUACCGUGCCAACAUCGAGGCCGACCUCACUAGCAGAUGCCCCGGGAUUCUCAGGCUGCUGGACACAAGCCUCAUUCCCUCCGCUUCCACCGCCGACUCCAAGGCAUUUUACCUCAAGAUGAAGGGCGACUUCCACCGCUAUCUCGCCGAGUUCAAGACCGGCUCCGAAAGGGAGGAAGCUGCGGAGAGUGCUCUCGCCGCCUACAACUCUGCACAGGAUAUUGCGACGGCGGAGCUGGCAUGGACGCACCCGAUCCGGUUGGAUUUGUCCCUUCGCUUCUCGGUGUUUUACCACGAGAUCUUGGACUCCCCGGACCAGGCACGCACUCUCGCGAGACAG